CAGUAGCAAACUUUAAUGCUGUCAAUGCUGACGUCAUCCUCUCACAACUGUCUGUCAAUGGCGAUGUAAACAUUGGUUUCAUGUGCUCUUUAAUUGGCUAAAAGGGGAACCUCCCCACCUCUGACCCAUGAAAGGUCGCAGCUCUGAGCCCCUCACCGUUCAAAGCAGCACAUCUGUCUGGUUUGGUCGUUCAAAUGCUGCUGUGUCAGCAUGGCUUCAACAUCAAGUUUUGCCCCCCCAAAGCUGGCGGACUUCAUCCUGACAGAGAGGCUGGGCAGUGGCACAUAUGCUACGGUCUACAAAGCUUAUAGGAAAGGGAACAGUCGGGAGGUGGUGGCAGUGAAGGUGGUCGCGAAGAAGACUCUAAAUAAGGCCUCCACAGAAAACCUGUUGACAGAAAUCGAAAUCCUGAAAACUGUGCGUCAUCCUCAUAUUGUCCAGCUGAAGGACUUCCAGUGGGACGCUGACAACAUUUACCUGAUCCUGGAAUGGUGCUCUGGAGGGGAUCUCUCCCGCUUUAUUCGCAGCCGCAGGAUUUUACCUGAGAUUGUGGCCAGGCGGUUUCUGCAGCAGAUUGCCUGUGCCCUCCAGUUUCUUCAUGAGAGAAACAUCUCGCAUUUGGAUUUGAAGCCUCAAAAUAUUCUAUUGAGCGGCUGUGUCCUUAAACUAGCAGAUUUUGGUUUUGCCCAGUACAUGUCACCGUGGGAUGAGAAGAGCGUCCUCAGAGGCUCUCCUCUGUACAUGGCUCCCGAGAUGGUGUGUCGCCGGCAGUACGACUCCCGAGUGGAUCUCUGGUCCGUGGGAGUCAUUCUUUACGAGGCUCUGUUUGGACGCGCUCCGUUUGCAUCAAAGUCCUUCGCCGAGUUGGAAGAGAAGAUCAGGAGUGACCAGCCUGUUGAGCUACCUCCCGGGGCCAAGGUAUCCAAGGACUGCAGGGAUCUGCUGUUGCGGCUUUUGGAGAGAAAUCCAGAUGCCCGGAUCACAUUUGCAGAGUUCUUCACCCACCCUUUUGUGGAUAUGGAGCACAUGCCAAGUGCAGACAGUAUCGAGAAAGCAAAGGAGCUGGUGCUGCAGGCGGUUCAGAAAGACCAGGAGGGAGAGAGGUCUUCUGCUCUGUCUCUUUACUGUAGUGCCCUUGAGCACUUUGUCCCCGCUAUCCACUAUGAAACAGACCGACAGCGUAAAGAAGCCCUGAGGCAGAAGGUCAAACAGUACGUUUCCAGAGCCGAGGAGCUCAAAGCUCUGCUAGCUUCAGACAACAAACGAAGCUUCGAAGAGGCCCGAAGUGCCAGAGAUGUUCUCCGAGAAAUGUCUCAAGACCAUCCACGACUGGUCGCUGCCUUGAAUAUGGCCUCUACAGCUAUCGCUAAGGAGGAGAGUCGAUCAGAUGAUUGUGAGGCACUGGACAUGUACCAGCAAUGCUUAGGAGAGCUUUUGUUGGCGCUUGCAGCGGAGCCGCAGGGCCGGAGAAAAGAGCUGCUGCACAGUGAGAUCAGACCAGACAACCUGCUGGUAAGCAGAUUACUAAGCCGAGGAAAAUAAACUAACCAGGAUAUUGUCAGUAGCGAAGAACCCAGCACAGAAUCCCCGUUCGGCGGGCGGACAGGGACAUGUGGCGUACAGAAAACCUGCCUGUCUGCCCGGUGUCGCAUGGGUGCCUGAGGCCUUCUGUUAGAGACUCGAUAAGCCCCACCAAGCCGCGUGCUUUAAGCCCCCAGAACUUGCCGCACCGGGGCAGUGGACUGCAGUGCUCACUAUGUCCUCUCUAGCAUCCGCGGGGCCACCCAGCCCGGUGCAACCUGGUCGCCCCAAGCGGGGACCGGCCCAUAUACAACGGGCGCUAGCAGUCUGCAGCGAUGCCAAAUUCACACCCAACCCAUUUAUAAACACAAACUGGUUUGUGUACAUUUUAGUUUGUAUGCAUUGUGUUACUUUAUAAUAACAUACUGGUAUUUAUUUAUAGGAAGGUUUGAAAUGUCAUUCAUCAUUGCACUUUGUAUAUAAACAUUAAUACCAUGACGUGGGUCUUAUUUUUGUGAUGAAAAUUUUAAAUCAGAUUAAAAUUAAGCCUUUUAUGGUCAUUUUACUGUGUCUGCUAAGCCGCGCCUCAUUGUUUACUGACAUGUCCUAAUGGUGUCACUCUUUACGCAUCUUGGACAAUGGUAACAGGCUACCAUGGCGUCUCUAGCAAUAUAACUCAUCGAUUUCAUCACUCAUGUCCAGUUUCUCUUUUGUGGUAAAUGUCAACUUACAUGUACAAAUAUAUGUUUGCUUCCAGUAUUCAUUAUUUUACUACAGACACUCAGAAUAUUCAAAAUUUUCUAGUCAAAUUAUCUUGUUUCAGCUGAUCUCCUAGUAAUAUUUAACUAAAACACAGUAGCUUGUUUUUAGAGCAUUUUUUAUACAUAUUGAAUGUUUCCACAUGUUUAUUGUGUUAAUUUGAAUAGAAAUGUAGCAAACCGUUUGAGUUUUUGCAUUGUUUUUUUCAAAAACACAGUAAAUAGAGUUGUGAUUUAUUCACAUGCUUCCAUACAGAGGUUGACCUGCACGGGUGCUGCUACUUUUUGGGUUGUCUCCUGCAUCUUAAGCUACAUUCACACCGCCCCUCGGCAAUGCUCAUUUAAUUGUCCACUUUAAAUGAAAAGUCUAAAAAAAACUCAUGUAUAUUCAAGAUUUGGGCUUUUGUGUUCAAAACUCGCAUUCACACGUCGCUAUGCAGGUUUCUGCGACUGUUUUCAGGCUCAACGUAAAAAAACAUGCUGCCAUUUUAAACCAAGUUAAAAUGAUAAAAUUAUAGUUUAUAGGUUGACAAAUAAAUCGAUAUUUAAUCAAGUUUCCUGAAAUCACAAGUUGAAACUGCAGGAUGGGAAAAACAUGUGAUUCCUUAUUUUGUGGGGGAUAUCCCUCUCUUAUUUUUAUCAAUUAUGCUGAAUAACAUGCUCCAUAAUUCUUAAAUACAAGAGGAAGCUACUGUUUACCUGUAGCUGCUUACUAAAACUGAGUAUGCAGGGAGGAAGGGAUCAGAAAUCGAACAAGUAGCCAGCAAACAAAUACCCUUUGUUGUGUCCUGUUGUACUGAUGUAACAAAAAAGAUUUCUGUCCUGUUUGGCUGCUGUAAAUUGAUUGUCAUAUGGUUGUCAUUAAUGUCUCAGUGUCUUUUCCUCAUGUGCCAUGUUUAUUUAGACAAUAAAUCAAUAACAUACAA